AUGGAGCUUUGCUCAGUUCCUUCACCUGCUUUACACGUUGAAGUUGGAGGGAGUGGAACCUCCACACCUAAUCGGACUCCAACGUCCCGAAAGCGAAAUGCAUCGGACCACAAUGACAUGGGGGCUAAACGGCGUCUAAUUACUUCCUCGUCAUCUUCGUCGCGUCCUCUAAGGGAUAUUGAAAUAUCCAACGCCCUUAAUUAUGGCAGCGACGAGGACUCCGAAGAAGAUGGCGAAGAAGAAAUUGGACUCCAAUCCACCAUAGUCCCCAGGGUGGAUUCUUUCCAAAGAGAAUUUUCAAUAAAUGUGUGGGCUGGAGUCAUCGGAAACAAAUUGGUUGACUCACACAUUUUGCCCGACAAUUUUAAUGGGCUAAAAUUAUCUGGAGUUUAUGACAAACGACUUGCCAAUGUUGCUAUUUGA